AUGAACAAAGAUGGUGUGUGGCUGAGCAAUAGAAGAGACAUUGGUAAUGAAUUCUCAGAGUUUCUUGAUUUUUGUGAUGUUGUGGAGGAUUUUUUUCUGUCUGGCUCCAUGCAUAGAGGCAUUAAUGCUACGAAUGUAAUACUCAUCCCUAAGGUGGCCAACCCUAAGAAAGUUUCUCAGUUUAGGCCUAUCUCUCUGUGUAAUGUGGUUUACAAGGAGAUUAUUCAUUCGUUCAAGCGUAAGAAAGGGAAAGAAGGUUUUUUCGCCAUCAAGAUUGAUCUGGUGAAAGCUUACGAUAAAGUUAGCUGGAACUUUAUUGAUCACGUACUUAGUAGCUUUAAGGCUCCAGACAUUUUUCGUAAGUGGGUUUCCCAGUGCAUUACUACUACUUCCUUCCAUAUCCACCUUAAUGGGGGAAAGGUUAGCAAUUUUUCUCCUGAAUGUGGGUUACGGCAAGUCGACCCCCUCUCCCCGUACCUAUUCAUUUGGGCUGCGGACAUUCUUUCCCGCAUCUUGGAAAGGGCCAUUGACACGGGCUCUAUUAAAGGUAUCAGAUUGAGUAGGAAUGGCCUCAAGUUGUUCCAUCUUUUCUUUGCGGAUGACGUGAUUCUUGUGGGUAGAGCAACUAUUGACGAGGCCAAAGGCUAUUGGAGCUGCCUGGAGAAAUUUUACAGUUGGUUUGGGCAAUGUGUGAAUAAGCUAAAAACCUCUAUUUUCUUCAGCAGUAAUACCAGUGAGGGAAUGAAAAGGGGUAUCAUGCAAGAACUGGGGCUUAACUUAGCUAUUACGAACAUUAAUUACUUGGGGCUCCCACUUUUUAGAUCUAAACAUAAGGAUGCAGAUUUCAACUUCAUCCUGGACAACCUGGUCUCGAAGCUGCAUGGAUGGAAGUUGAAAUUACUUUCGAAGGCUGGUCGUGCUACCCUCAUCAAAUCUGUGGCCCUAAAUGGUGGAAGCUCAUGA